UAAACUGUUUAAACUUGGACGUUAACACGUGUUGUAUUUAGGACAAUUUCCAAUUUUUUUUGUGCAUAGCCAUUGUUGUCUAAUGAGUUAUUUACGCGAUAAUUAAAAUGUCACGCUCUGUAAAAGAUUCAGAUGAGGAAGUAGAUACAAAAGCUGGUCGCAAGACUCGUGGUCUCGCCGGUUCAGGAACGGUCGACUCUCCACUACGUCGUAGUUCUCGAGUUAAGACUGUCGUUAAACAAAAUGAAUCCUCGCCGGAAGCAUCUUUAAGCGACACUGGUAACAUUAAUACUACACAGACGACAAGAAACACCAGACGUCGAAUAACUACCCUGGACAGUUUUAUAAUGACUGAAAAAAGUAGGACUUUACGUCCCAGAAGAAAUUCUACUGCAUCAGAUAUCACUGAAACUACAGAUAAAGAUUCCACCGUUGCAACACCGACAAAGAAGACUAACAAUAUUUCUGUUAAUGAUGGAUUGAACGAGACUAAUGGCAAAACUAGUAAGCGACUUUCAAGAGCUGGUUCAGAGAUUAAGUCGCCAUCAACAGUUACAAGAAGUACACGUAGAACGAGAGCUAGUUCUAUGGAACCUGAAGCUGUUGGAGGAAAUAAACUUACAAAGAUGGGUCAGAGUGAAUUAAUAGGUAGUUCUGUUAGAUCAAGAAAUCGAGCGUCUAUGUUACCCACCGAAGCGACUGUUAUAGAAGAAACAGAAGUGGCUAAAAUUCCAGUAGUAACACUGGAUCGUGUACUACCUAAUCUCAAAGAAAUUAAUGAAACAUACUCAGAGAAUUCUACUUCCGAAAAGACUGAUGAGUCACUAUGUAUUUCAAAGGAUGUACUUCACAUAAGUCAUGAGAAUGUAUGCAAACAAGGAACAGAUGUUCAUAUGAAUGAUAUGACUCCGUCAGAAGGAUCAAUGCAGAAUACAUCCAAAGAAAUGGCACAAACUGCAAAUGAGAACACUUCUAAGGAACUUGGAUUAAAAAUGCAAAAUAUAUUAAAUAAUUCAAUAACAGGAAUAGAUAGGGACCUUACUAAUAAAGAAAACCAAACAGAAAAUAUCACUGGUGAUUCACAAAGUAACAGAGAUACAGUGUCUAAUGUAUUAUUACAAAGUCCAACAUCACCGACUGCAAGUAAUUUACACACAGGUAAAUCAGGGAAAGAAAGUGAUGAUGAUGCAGACAGUUCUGAUAAUAUGCAAAAGUUAGUAGUAACAGAUACGGAGUCAUUAAAUGAGAUACCACUUACUGAUGGUGUAGGUCAGAAUGUGACAUAUGUAGAAGUAUGUGAAGAUUCAAGCCUAGACGAUAGCAUUGAAAUUUUGAACUGUCCAGAAAUUGAAAAUGAUGCAGCUGCAAAUAAGUCUUUUGAUUUGAACAAUAAAUCAAAACAACCUAUACAACAAACUGUCUUGGACAGUGAAACGUGCAAUAAAGAUAAAAUUGUCGAGAUGAUUUCUAAUUCUAAAGCAAAGGAAGCUACGAAUACAAGUGUAGAAUCUGCAGAAGUUUCUAUAAACCAGAUUCUGAUUCCAGAUAAUGAAAGCGAAUUGAAAGAAAAAAUAGAGGAGUCUAAUAUAUCAAGAAAUAUAAAAGAUCCUGAUGACAUACACCAUGUAGAAAUACUUUCACGUUCUGAUUUAAACAGUGCAACCCUGUCUCUUGAAAAAAAUACUAUGUCUUCCAUUACAGCAAGGGAUGAGACUGCUACACAUGAUUCACAAGAUAUAGACCAAACUAAUAAUGUGUCUACUCAGGAGAAUAUAGUACCAGAUCCUUUAGGUGCUCAUAUGAGCUCAGAGAAUUAUUUAUCUACUAACAAAACUGAGGAUAUUAUAACUAAUGUGGUUAAAAGUAGUCAAUCUCACACUGUUACAGAGUCUUCAGCUAAGCCUUCUGACGAAAUUUCUGAGAAAGAAGAUGCGACACACACUUCUAUGUUGAAUAACUCUGUAACUUCAAAAAGGGAGUCUAUAAGCAAAUCCGAAUCAUCUAAUAAACAAAUAAAGCAAAAUGUGAAUCAUGAAACAUCUAAGGAGCAUGAAGAAAAAAUGAAAGUCGACGAUGGUGAUUCUGAUGCAAUUGUAGAUACAGAUUUGUUUCACGACAUUUCAGCUGACGAAUGGAAGGAAAGGAAUUUCGAUAAGAAUUCUGUCUAUUCAAUGUCGACAGAGAAACUUCAAAAUGAAAGUGAGAAUGAGUGUGAUCUUGUUUUAAUUGAUGGAGACGCGAGACAAGUUGCUGAAAAUAUGGAAAAAAAGAAAGAAAAUGCAAUAUUCGAUUACGAUUCUGAUGACACCGUUCUACUAAAAGCACAACGAGAUUCUUUGAAGAGAAAAGAAGAAGAAAAACUAGAUAUACCACAGGAUGAUAAUAAACAUACACCUGCAAAAGUAAAGAGUAACCGAAAAUCUAAACAGCAAGAAGAAAUUCAGAAGAAAGCAAAUGCAGUGAAUGAUUCAAUAGAUGCGGUUCAAGAUCCAGAACAUAUUAAUAAAUGUACAGAAGAAACAGAAACUGGUGAAAGUAUAUAUAGGAAAAAAUCUGUAACAGAAGACACUUCAUUUAACAAAUUAAGAGGAAACGAAAGUUGGACAGCAAUGACUCAAGAAAAUUUGGACAAAUCAACUAUUGAUUCACCACUUAAAGAAACUGAAUUAUAUAAAUACAUGGCAACAAAACGGAAAUCUAAUAAAUCUUUUAAAGAUCUAGACAGUGAAAUUGAAGAAUGUAAUGAAUCUGAAGCUGUCAGGGGAAGUAAAUCGUUAAAUAAAUCAUCCGUAGAUUCAUCAUUGAACAAAGGCAAAUCAUCUGAAGACAUGUCGAAGAAACGAAAAUCAUUUAGUACACCCGUUGAGGAGGUAGAUAGUGAAAAUGAAGGAUCUGAUGAAUCUGAAGCUAUGAAGGGAAGGAAAUCAUUAAGUAAAUCAUCCGUAGAUUCAUCAUUGAACAAAAGCAAAUUAUCUGAAGACAUGUCGAAGAAACGAAAAUCAUUUAGUACACCCGCUGAGGAGGUAGAUAGUGAAAGUGAUGGAUUUGAUGAAUCUGAAGCCAUGGAGAGAAGGAAAUCAUUAAGUAAAUCAUGCAUAGAUUCAUCAUUGAAGAAAAGCAAAUUAUCUGAAGACAUGUCAAAGAAACGAAAAUCAUUUAGCACAGCCGUUGAGGAGGUAGAUAGUGAAAGUGAAGGAUCUGAUGAAUCUGAAACCAUGAAGGGAAGGAAAUUUUGGAAGAAAUCGCCUACUGAAUCAUCAUUAAAUUCAAGUGGCUCUGACAAAUCAGAUAAAAGUAUAGAUUCUGAUAUUGAAAGGGAAUAUAAUCUUCAUGGCAAAGAAGUUUCUAAAUUUUCUGAUGAUGACGUACCGGGAGAUGAAUGUAGAGCAUCAGAAACGGAAUCCUCAGAUCCUGAUGAUCAUGGAUCAGAUCUUCAAGACUUUGUAGUUGAUGAUGACGAUGUUUCUGAAGAGAACGAGGAGGAAGAUCAGAGUAAUAAUGAAGUAGAUAAUGAGAAUGAUGUAAAAGAUCAAGAAACUAAUGAAGAAUCCAUAGAUGAUCAACUUGAAAAAGUGCAAAUGAAAGAAAAAACCGAUGGUAUAGCAACUGAAGAAAACAAAGUACAAAAUGAAAUUGUGAAAGAAAAUGUUGAAACAGUCUUGAAUAAAUCCUCAAAUAUCUGUAAUAAAGAAGAAAAUAAAUUAAGACACUCUGGAAAUUUAGAUUUAUCUCAAAUAUCUGAAGAUGGUAAGAAAGUUGGGAAGAUUUCUCAGAUUUAUCUGUCUGAGAUAGAUGAGGAUGAAGAAAAAUGUGAUUUACUUAAUGAAUUUUUCUCGAGAUCUCCUCAAAUGAAAAAUUCAAGACCUAAGAUGCAAAAACUUAGCCGAUCAAUGGAAUGCAGUACCCCUAAACUUAAUUCACUUAAACGAGAUCAAUUUCAUGUAAGUUUAGAAAGUACUAUUCAAAAAGUGUCUGAUAAUACCUGUGAAUUUGAAGGAGAUAUCUAUUCAAGUACAGAAAGAGAUAAAGCGACGAUAUUGAAAUUGAAAACCAGUUUGAAAAAAUCAAAUAAUACAAAAGAUACAGAAAGUUUGUUGCAUGGUUUUCCGGCCUUAAUUAACGAACAUGCUCAAAAAACAAAUCUUUCAAGACCAAUGUCUUCUAAAGUAAUAGAAUUAAAUAGAACGACUUCAGUUCCAUGGAGUGAAUCACCUACUGUAAGACACUUAAGAAAAGAAAAAUUGAACGAGAGUCUACCAGUAUUGAAAUUAGAUAGUAACCUUAGAAAAUCAAUAAGUAACAGUAAAAGUAAUGAACAAUGUGACACAUUAAGUCACAGUAAAGUGGAACAUGUCAAUGUUGAAGAAUAUUAUGUCGAAGAAGAAACUACAAAUGUUGAGCUAAAUGUAAAACCAGCUCAAGAAAUGAAUGAGUCAUUAAAAAACAAAUUACUGAAAGUAGCUGAGAAUAUAUUAGAAACUGAUUGUCAAAAGAAAGAAAAGAAACGAAAAAAACGAAAGGUAAACAAAACUGUACCCACGUUUGACGAAGAUGGUUUGGAAGAAAAUGUAGAUUCUCAAAUAUCAAGGGGGGACCAAGACCAUGUCCCUAACACUAACAGUCAUGAAAGUAAAAAGUCAACAGAAAUUUGUUCAAAUGAAAAAAAGAAGAAGAAACCGAACACAGAAGCUGAUAUUGAAAACCUUCUACAAAAUAAAUUACGUGUAAAUGUUAUUGAAGCAAAACCGAAAUGUAAUGAAGAAAAGAAGAAAAGGAAGCAGAAGAAAGAUACAGUCAGUACUACAAAUAUAGACAACAUUGCAGAAAAUGAAGUAUUUACAAAGAAAAAGUCUAAAAAUAAAGUGCCUGUGCUAUCUGAAGAAGAUUUAGUUAAGAACCUAACUAAGAGUAAACGGAAGUUUAAAAAUAUUGUUUCACAAGAUGAAGAAAUUAUGGGAAAUGUGUCUCGAAAGAAGCAGAAGUUAUCAGAAAAUAUUGUACAAAUUGUAAAUACUUCAAAAGACAAAUCUUCCAAGAAAGAGCAAAAAUUAUUACCAAAAAAUACUGUUUCACAAGAUGAAAGUAUUUUAGUUGAACAAGUGUCCAAGAAGAAACAAAAGAAACGAAAAGAACGAAAGGUAAAGAAAACUGUACCCACGUCUGACGAAGAUGGUUUGGAAGGAAAUGUAGAUUCUCAAAUAUCAGGGGAGGACCAAGAACAUGUCCGUAACACUAACAGUCCUGAAAGUAAAAAGUCAACAGAAAUUUGUUCAAAUGAGAAAAAGAAGAAGAAAUCAAACACAGAGGCUGAUAUUGAAAACCCUCUACAAAAUGAAUUACGUGUAAAUGUUAUUGAAGCAAGACCAAAAUUUAAUGAAGAACAGAAGAAAGGGAAGCAGAACAAAAAUUUAGUGGGUAUGGCAAAUAUACACAGCAUUACAGAAAAUGAAGUAUUGGCAAAGAAAAAGUCUAAAAAUAUAGUGUCUGUGCUACCUGAAGAAGAUUUAGUUAAGAACCUAACUAAGAGUAAACGGAAGUUUAAAAAUAUUGUUUCACAAGAUGAAGAAAUUGGAGAAAAUGUGUCCCAAAAGAAGCAGAAGUUAUCAGAAAAUAUUGUUUCACAAACUGCAGAUAUUUCAAAAGAGAAAUUAUCCAAGAAAAAACGAAAACUAUUACCAAAAAAUACUGUUUUACAAGAUGAAUGUGUUUCAGUUGAACAAGUGUCCAAGAAGAAGAAAAAAUCGUUGCCAGAAUAUAUUUCAAAAACUCAUGGAAAAUUUGUUAACACAUCUAAUAAAACCAAGCACACUAUUAAUACAGUAUUGGACUCAGUUGGUGAACCUGCACCUGUUAUAUUUUCUAAAACUGGAACCGCAACAUUGAAUAUAGCGGAACGUGUUACUGGUAACACUACUUCUAAUAAGGAUAGGAAAAGGAAGAAAGUAGAAGAAAAUGACGAAAAAAUCGAAAAUGAAAUAAAAGUUAAAACCCCAAAACAGAAAUCUAUACAUCAAACUUCGAAAUCUAAGCAGAUAGAAGUAUCAAGAAAAAGUAUUAAAUAUCUACCCGAGGAACUUGUUGAGCACCUUGUGGACAGUUCUUUGGAAAUAUUGAAAAAAAGGAAAGUGUCAAAGCCUGAGGAACAAGUUUUACCUUCGUGUUCAAUGUUUGAUUCUAAUUUUUCAGUGAGUUCUUAUGGGAGCACAACUAAUUUUAGUGUCACGAAUCUUCAGAAAGCUAAAAAAACCAAAACCGCUAAAGAAGUGCAGUUAUUUAGACAGAAAAUGCUUAUCAGAAAUUCACGUCAACGUGUUUCAGCUUACUUAAUGUAUGUAGAGAAGCAAAAAGUCUCUGGUAAAGGAAAAAUUUAA